ACAGUAAAUACACAUACAAAUUUGGAUAAUAUUGAUUCAGAUAGUGACUCUGAAAUUAUUAAAGAUGGGUUUGAAGUUGAAACUACUGAAGGUUAUAGCAUUAUAUUCUCUAAAAAGUUGGAUAAUACUAUUAAAAAAUUAAAAAAUGAAAUUAAAAGUAAUAAGCAUAAAACAAGUAUUAUAGUAGCAGAAGCAGCUGGAAAGGGUAUUUAUCAUGCUUGUUGUAUAUGUUUAUGGACAACAAAUUAUAUUAAAAAUGGUUCCUUUCUUCAAUCCAACAAAUGGAAUGUAAAUCUAAAUAAACUAGCAAAACAUGUAAAUGAGGAGAUACUUCCAAGUCUUUGCUUUGAUUCUUCUCCAACUAUAUAUAUACAAACAGUUCAUAAGUGGUUAAAAACAUUUGGUUUUGAAUACUUAGAAAUUAGAAAAGGAAUGUAUAUGAAUGGUCAUGAGCAUAUGGAUGUGGUGGCUUAUUGUGAAAGAUUUUUGGAAAGAAUGGUAUUAUAUAAAAUGCAAAUAAUAGUUUUUUCAAGUGAAAAUAUGGAAGAAGAAACUCGACCAGCAUUUAAUAAUGUU